AUGGCAACAGCUCCUGCCAUGGAUAUCUUGGAAGGCGACCUGGUGGCCUUGAAUGACAAAGGCGUAAAGCUCUUGAUGGAAGGAGGUGAUUUGCAGGAGACUUUGCUGUCGUUUGCCACGAGCUUUGCAAUACUGGAACAGCAACUGUCAGGCAAUGGGCUGGCAGAACGGCUACAACAACAAGCCGUGUUCUCCACGAUAGCCGUGGAACCAAGAGCGAAUGAUUCCAGUGCCAACGCCAAUUCUUCGACUUCGACUUCCAACUCCAGUUCUGCCAGCAGCAAUACGGCCCCCUUCUCUUGUCGUUCCAGUCCAUCCACUUCCCAUCAUGCCUUCACUUCAAAUAACUUUUCCUUUUGGGAUCCACACAUGGGAGCACCGCUCUUAUCCAAGGAACAACUCUUUGUUUACCACAAGCCAGUCGAAUUUUCGUCCAAUGAUCAUCCAUUGUUUUGUCGGGCAGCACUGCAGUUCAAUGUAUCCUUGGCCAAUCAUUGCUUGGGAGUGCGCACGGGGGACUUGACCACCUUGCAAAACUCGGUCUUGCUCUAUGAUUUGGCCUUUCAAACCUUCAAGACAAUCUUGCUCCAACACUGUACACCCAGCACUCCAGAAGCCUACUGGGAACGGCUACAAGUGUACCUAUUGGCGUCUUGGAACAACCAGGCUACCAUUCACAUGGCCCUGAAGAAUCGAGACUAUGCCCGGGAUAUGCUCAAAGAACAAAAGGUCAUGAUUAUGGAUAUUCAUCGGAGGCAAACUCUCGGCCAAGAAAAGGCAGCACAAGUGUCCAACUUGAUGCAAGCCUUUCUGAUGAAUGAAUUCAUGGUGGAAGUUACAGCCAUGGCUUGCGUGGCUUGA